AAAAACCUAGGCUGUAAGCUCUCUAAAGCAUAAACAUUGAAAACUAAACAAGCAGAUGUUUUGAGCUGUGAAUGUAGUGUUUUGACUCUCAAUAAAUGCUGUAGAAGGAUAGAUGACGUUUUGAAAUUCCUUUCAGAGAAUUGUCCACCAAAGUUUCUAGGAACCUUAUCUCCAAGUCCUUGCAAUAAAAGUAUUGAUAGCCUCGGGCACAAGCUUAGCAAUGUCUGCGGCUAUGAAGUUUAAAUCAGGACAUUUUCAUGGCUCAAAGUCACUCCUCCUUCUGAUUUUAUAAUGAGAUAAUAAGUAACUAUUAAAAGUUUGGAUUAAGAAACUAUGGCCCUCGAAAAGCCUAAUUGGGGCUAUGCUGAGUUAGAAAAAUCUUUAAUGUAUUGUAGGAUAUAUUAAAAACUGUCCUCAUUUUUUUAACUUAUUAUAGAACGUACAAGCCUACAUAUAAUGUAGCGUUUGGUUUAUUAAUGUGUAAUGCAUACAUAUACGUUAAUUCCUCUUUCUAGUGUGUAUCUUGGUUUCUCCUUGUUCUGUGGGGAUGGCCAUCUUUAAGCUUUCUUUGUUCUGAAGCACCACUCACCUGCUAAGCCCACGCACUCUAGAAAAGGCUGAAAUCGUCUUAGAGUGCAUUUCUGAGAGUCCAGCCGGCUACUUGAACUUGCUGCAAGGAUUCGUGAUCUCACACUAGCUCUUAAGACAAGCAGCGAGAUGCACUGAAAAUGACUAGUUAGUUUAUGUAUGUAUCACAAAAUGACGUGGAGACUAUAACUAUUUAAAAUAAAAGUUUAUAAAAAAUGAAGGCCUAUUUUUUCCUUUAGAUUGUCUAUCUCCAAAUGACAUAUUGGCACCUGGUUUCAUUAGAUCAGUGGCUCCCAACCCAAUCCUCAGUACUUAUUUAUUUAUUUUUUUUAGAAACAAAACGCACAAAAAAAACUUUAGACACAACAGGGUAAUCCCUAACCCCUGGACCGGAAGGUUGUACUUGAGGACUGGGUUGGGAACCCCUGCCUUAGAUGGUCCGAUUCAUCCUGAGCAGGAGAUGUGGUGUAUUUAAAUCAUAUUACAGUGCCCUUUCCCAGAAAGGGAAAAAUAUUCUGUACAGGAAAAUAAUAAUUACAUCACGCGGACCUUUGCAUGCUAUGGUAUCCUGUGACAUUAUCUUGGGAAAUCUGAGUUAUUCAUUUCUUUCUUUCUUUUUUUUUUUUCUUCUUCUUCUUUUUAGAUACCGUACAAAUAAAAGCAGGGAAUAACCAGUGGCAGUAAGGUACAUAGCUCAGGUUUUAAUUUUUGUAUUUUCAAAUUUGUUUCUUAAGCGAGAUACAGAGAUACAAUAUAUGGGACUGGUAUAAAGAAUAGUUCAUAAUGCCAACUAUGCCAAUACGAAUGCGUGAAAGUAUACAUAUUCAAAAGGGGUGGGAAAUGGGGGUGAGGGAAACUUGUUCCAGGGACUAACGUGGUAGCCUAAACUACUUGUGUUUUCACAAAAUGUAAAAUUGGAAAGUUUGGGGUCCCUUAACAAAAAUACGAAUUUUCCCAGAUGAAAUCUGAAAGAAAAAACAAAGGCCAAAAUAGCUGAUCUGGAAAAAUAUUCACAGGCCAAAAUAGCUGCUCUUGAAAAAUGAACGAGCUGCAGAAUCGAUAUCUGGAUUCUGCAGCUCUGCGGAAACUGGAUGUCCUAAACCGCUCUACAGACAACACCGUGCAUCCGGCAGCAUUGGGUAAGAAGGCAGCAGGGUACUGCUUAACACCAUAACCACUACAGCGGGCUGUAGUAAUUAUAAUGGUUGGCAUAACCCUUUACUAUGUAUAUUCUUUAUCUAUAUUUAUUUUUACCAUUUCAUAACGUGAAACACCUGUAUCCAGUUUGCUUCAGAUUUUACCAGCGUCCCAUCACAUUACAGCCGGUUACUGACUGAAAAUGGCUUUUUGUGUAGGUUUUAGAGCUAACCUAUGGGCAUGUCUGUGCACGUGUCUGGUAAUGCUGCAGUGAAUUUCACGUGAUUUAUAAUAAAGGAAUAAUUAGAGGUGUGUCGUGACAGAAUUUGGCUGCAGUAUGGGAUGAGAAAUGUAGCAUCUAAUUUUUUGGGGUAUGGGUGACAUCUGAUGAUAGUCCUGUCCAUUCAUGCUAAUAAUGUGUUUGUGAGAUAUGGAAAAUUUAAAAAUCCAAAUAUAUACUUGUCGAUCUGCACUUUGCACCUGGCAGCCAGCAUGGGAAAAAGAGGCAAAACAAUGGACUUAGGAUCUUGUUUAUCUCCCUGUUUAAAACUCUGAACCAAGUAAUGCCAACAUAUAGUAUUAUCCCCUGCCAGCAGCCUCCUGUGUGAGAGAAGACGUGUAAUAAAUGAAUGUGUAUUUUUAAUGUACACCUUUCCUAAACUACAAAAAUAUAUGUUUAGAAAUUAUAUAUUUAAAUAAGUUAUUUGGCCUUUUUUUAAAAUACAUGUUUAUUUACACUAAUGGUUAUCAGGAAAUUACAUAAUAUGUCUUGGAAUAUACCUGCUCCUUGUCACACCUCCAGACACCUAAUCUCCCUUCGUCUUUAAGAAAAAUGUUCUUGUUCGACCUUUUGGAAUAUUGGGGGGAGAGUGGGAGAAGGGGGUUGGUGGUAUGUUGUCUUUCACCAGUUUUUAGAUAAAUUAAAAAAAUUAAAAAAGAUGGCACAUGAGCAGCCAGUUAGUGAGAGGGAAGCCAGGUACGUUCUGGAGAUGGCUCUAAUCACAACACAGGAAGUAAAAGUGUAGAUCUGUUACGAAUGUUCUUAAAAGACUGCUGAACAAUGUAAAACAAAAAUGAACAUAUAAAUAGUUUUUAUGCUUUAGUGAGCAUUGUGUGUUUUGGUUGGGGUCACAUGUACUGUUUUGCUAGUGUAAAUAUUGUGGACAUUCUGUGUAUAAAGGUUGUUGCCGGCUGGGACUAGAACAACAGAUGAUCUGUCGAGUGCAGCUUUGCGUUGUACUUGGUUUUCCUGUUCUGUGUCAUUCAUGCUAAUUACUAUCAGCCUCUCUGAAUUCGUGAGAGUCACUGAUCAUUGGAGGUUACUCACUACUUCCUGCCCCCUGGAAAAUGAAGACAUGGCUCCCCCCUCACAGAAAAUUCCAUCACAUUUCAUUCUAAGAGGUCUAUUCAAGAAAUCCUGAAUUAGCUUUAGCAAACAUUUUCAUUUAAUUAUGGGUUAUUUUUCAGCUAAGCUGACAAAAUUCUUCGCGUUAUCAAUAUCAACUGAAACCACAUUGGGCUGAAUGGUUUCUGGCUAAUUUCAAAUACAUCUCAUAGCAUUGCAUCAGUGUGAAUUGUUUGACAAUAUCUAAACUGAAUUACAACUGAUUGAUCGCUUAAUUAAAGAGGGAAAUUUGGGGAACAUUUUGGGCUUGGGGUCUCAUUUUCUGAUUAGGAGAGUUUAGCACGCGGUGGGUCUUGGUGUUACCCUCUAUAUAUCUACUGGGGCUUUGAUUACAGUUAAGCGGUUUGUGAAUAGCUGAAUUGGCAAAAUCUAAAUUGACUUGGCAUUUAAUGAAUACAUUCUCUAUACUAGGGCCCCUGAACCCCCAUACCUACUAUUGACAUACACAGGGUGAAAAAUUAGAGCUUCAGAGCCUCAAUACUUAAUAUUACUAUAUACACGGUCCUGUACUAGGGCCAACGAGCCUCCAUACUUAAUAGUAAUAUAUAGAAGGUCCUGUACUAGGCCCCCUAAGCCUUCAUACUUAAUAGUGAUAUAUACAAGGUGCUGUACUAGGACCCCUAGUCUCCAUGCUUAAUAUCAAAAUACACAAGUUACUGUACUAGGCCCCUGGGGCUCCAUACCUAAUUUUAAUAUAUACAUAGUCCCAUACUAGGGCCCCUGAGCCUCCAUACCUAAUAUUAAUACAUGCAUAGUCCCAUACUAGGACCCCCGAGUCUACUUACCUAAUAUUAAUAUAUACAUAGUCCCAUAAUAGGGCCCCCGAGCCUCCAUACUUCAUAUUAAUAGAUACAAGGUCUUGUACUAGGGCCCUUAAGCCUCCAUACAUAAUAAUGAUAUAUAUUACUACAUACAAGAUCCUGUACUAGGACCCACAAUUCUCCCUACUUAAUGACAUAUACGGUAUGCUGUACUAAGGCAGCCAAGUCUCCUUACUCCAUAAUAAUUCUCCUAGUUGUAUUCUGACAUGGAUCCUAUUCUUAUGCUGCACAUAGAAAUACACUGAAAGAUUACAAGGUAUUCAAAUUCUAGGGGUUACCACUUACCCUUCAGGUAUUUGUCAUAUAUCAUUGUAUAUAUUAAAUGUUGGUAUCUUCUUCCUGUCUUUCAGAUAUUUGAAUGCGCAUAUUCUGGAGUUUGGAAAAUAUGUUGGUGUUUCCAAUCCCAAUCUCAUCAAAGUUCUUCCUCAAUUCAAUCUUGAGUCCAGUGACUGUCUUUCAUAGUCUGCAUUUUCUAUGACCUUCCCCUGGGUUUCGAGAGGCAGGUUGGCGUUUUUAAUCUUAAUUUCUUGUAAAAAUCUUUCAAAAGUUUGAGAACUAUGUAGUUUUUUCCAGGCCUGAUCACCUCAAUGGUUCUACUAGAUUUUGGGCUACCUGCUGGUUCAUCCUGCUGUGAUACUCUGAAAAUGUUGUGGAUAUAGAGAGUCCUGCUCUUUACUUCUACCCUGAUUUUAGCAAAGUUCUUGCUGAUAUUGGCUAAUUUCCUGCAGGAUCUAAGCGACUUUUCUAUUGCUAGAAAAAUGGUGUUCUUCCUAUUUUUCAUGAAGACUUUCUUGGUGAUUGGGUUUAUUUGGUGCGGUCUCCACCUCUGCUUCACAGGACCUAGAAUAUUGCCCAAAAGGGCUGACUUCAAAAAGCCGAACUUCAUAGUGAUUUUAGCAGAUGACAUUGGAUGGGGAGACCUUGGUGUGAACCAGGCAGGCUUCCCAACAAAUACUCCUAAUCUGGAUACAAUGGCUUCAAAGGGACUGCGGUAAGUAGGUCUAUGCUGUUUGUGUAAAUACGUCUGCACCUCAUUCUUUUUUGGAGUCGGGGCUCCUGGUUCCACACUUGGCAUCUCAUUGUCUUUGUAUCUGCUGUGCCCCCAAGCAAGAUAGGCAACUGAUGAAAAAGAAUUAAUACACAACAAAGCAAGUUACAAAUGUAUACUAGCUGAGCAAGCCAUGAAUGUGCAACAGUGAACACAGGAAGUAAGUCACUAAUAUAAACUAGUGAGCACCCUAUAGAGGAGUAAGUCACUAUUGUAAUCAAGUGAACACACUGCAGAGUAAGUCACUAGUGAACUCACGGCUGGGUAAAUCCCCAGGUGUAUAGUCGCCAUAUGGCCAGUCGGACUCCAGGACAACCCUCCCACAUACCUAACCCAAUAGUCGCACUGACACUCGGGUAUAUGUGAAAAUUUGUCCACAGCUUUAUUAAACAAUCUUAAAUAUUAAUAACAAUAUAUUCAUUGUAACAUAAUAAUAAUAACUUAACAAAUAAACAUGGGUCAUUGCCCCCAUACUCCGCCCUCGCUUCCGACUCCUUCUGUUAUAUAAAAGGCAAUGACCCCCAUAUAAAUAACACACAUAUAUAUAUAUAACACAUAUAUAUAUAUAACAUAUACCGACAUUAUUCCAACAUACCAACUUAAAGUGCCAAACAUAAAUUAACCAUGGCAGGGGUAUACCCGGACACCCCUACCCCACCAGGUUCUGAGCCACAGACAGGACUCGAAACCUACCAACCACCAAUGACCACAAUUUCCUUUUCUGUCACAUUUAUCCUAGGGAGCCUAUUCCUUCUGCUUCAGCUCCUUUUCCCACAAGCUCAGACCUUGAUCCCUUAAGCUGUCUGAGCUCUGCCACCACGAAGAAAUAGCGCUCUCUGCAUUCCUUCCUGCCAACCCAAGUUCAAGAGAUCCCAACCUACCGCCGAGAGAUGGACUCCAUCCGAGCGGUAGUACCCUGGCAACCUGCCUUCCAACUCGCCGUGCCGCACAACCACUCCCCCACUUUCCUCACAAAGCUCGCCAUCAAACUGUUCACUUUUUUCCUGCACUUAUCGAUAGCCACCGGAUCCCGUGCAUGCCGCCACCAACGCCUCGGGACUAUCUCCGACCAAACUAACAUGAUCCUGGGAAGCAGGUCCCUCAAUUUGUUGAGGUCCUGCUUCAUCCACUUUACCAGCCGUCGUUGCGGUGUGAGGCCCAAGUCGUUGCCCCCCGCAUGUAGGACCAGCAAGUCCGGCGCCUCCCCACUCGCUAUCUUCCGAAACACAGCCCAGCAGACCUCCCCCCAGCCGAACCCCCUGAACCCAAACCAUUGCACUGCCAACUGGUCCCUCGGAAAGCCCAGCAGCUGGCCCUGGGCUCGAGCUGCAGAGCCAGCAUAAGCCCUUUUGAAAGGCGGCUGACGAGGCGGACUGCCCCUUUGCGCCGGCCGUGUGCUGAAAGGGCUGCGCCUUCUGUGCCAUCAUCAGCUUCAUCCAGAGAGGCAGGUCCAUUUGAUCCCACCUCAUACCCGGAUUCGCCGCCAACCGCUGCCUGAACUGCUCGUCGUACCGCCACCAGGCUAACACCCCAUAGGUGUGGUACGCCUCCCAAAUUCCGUCCAACUAGCAGAACAGGGACGAGCAUAACCCUGGAGAUUUCUCGCCGAGCACACUAGCCAGCACGCAAAACGCCCUCAACCAGUUCCCAAACGAUUUCGGAAUCUUACGAUACCUCUUCCGUUUCUCUUCCUCCUCCUUCUUCUCGUCUCUUUUAUCUUCCUCCUUGAGGUCAAUAAAGUCCUCCAAGAGGAGAAGGGAAAAGAUCUCGCAAAACUCACCUUUCCAGAUCCUCUCUUUUACCUCCUGCUUAAGGUGUACCCCCAGCGGGCCCGCGAAUGACACAUACGCGUGCUGUCUAGCCGCGUCGGGAACACCCCCACAAAUUUCCGCCCGUUCACCCCCUGUGUCCGUCGUCUCUGCCGUCGCCCCAGCGUCACCGCCGGAGCUAGGCCCCGCGGACAUCCCCACACUAGCGCCCGCGACCCCCGCACCUUGAGCCCAUACCGGACCAACGCUGCCCCCCUUGUCAACCCCCGCUCCCAAUGAGUGGAGUAGCGCUUGAAGUGUGUGUACUAGUGCACUGGAGUGUAGUGACUCGCUGGACUCACCGGCCAAGCCCCCUGUUCCCAGAGCGGCAGGGGCUGCGUCGUCUAGCGCCCGGCGUCCAUGAUGAGCGACAUCCGUAGGUAUCCCGCCAACCGGGGAACCAACCUGGUGCCUCCCCUGUGCAGCUGGAGAACGGCUCCGAGACCUGGAAAUAGGAGAAGUAGUCCUGGGUAGGGUGUACUGAACCCAUGCUCACCUCCCGUCCCGACCUUGGGAGCGCCUGCCAACCUCCAAAGCCUCUCGCCGCGUGCCCGUCUGCUCUGCGCCUGGGCAACCCUGGGACUAUGACUCCUCCCGCCCGUACUCGGGGACCGUCCCCGCCGACCGCGCCUGGGGGUUACUGCACCGUCUCUAGCCAAGCUACCUGACCCAGACCGGUGCCGCCUGGACCUACCUACCAUCCCCCCAGACCCCGAGGUCCUAACUGGUGAAGGACUACCACUCUCCUGCCCUGAACUAGACCCCCCCUACUACUGCGCGCCUCUGACUGGCCACGCUCCUGGGGUGAACCCCAACCCCCCCCCCCCCGGGCGGGCCCCAUGCCUAGCCUCUCCUAGUGCCCCCAAGAUCGAAGCCUCCCCAGCCCCCUUAACGUUCCUACCCGACCCAGACUGUCCCAAACCCAGAGGCCUACUUCUAACUCCUCCAGAGGACCCACUCGCUAACUGAGGAGAGCCCACUGACCCCCUAUAAACCCUAGCCCCCCCAACCCCUGAGGGAUCCAAGCACCACCCCAGGCCCUCUCUGUCAACCCCCACUCCCUAACUGGGGAUACCCGCUGGGCCUGCCCACCCUCUGCCGCCCGUCCCCUGCUCCUCUGUGGCCCACUCCCAGCACCUUGCCCGCCAAGGGGGGCCCGACUGGAGCCCCCUGCACUUGCCUGUUGGCCCAGGGGCCGGCCGCGUGUCCUCCCGGAUCCAGCCCCGUCCUCCGCGACCACCGAUGGGGUAGGAGUCCUCCUGGGCCGCCCCUCCGUGCCCGCCGACCUUCCAGGGGGCCGUCCGCGCACCUCCACCUCGGGAGCCGCGGCGCCGCCGUCCACCUGCCUCCGGGUACGACCACGUGCCUCGACCACGUGGCUACCGGGCCUGCUGCCACUUACCUCAGACACCACAGGACCGCCUUGUGCGCCUACGCCGGGCCCCGCGCCCGGGUUUAGCCGUCUUGGGGGCCUCCUGGCCCGGACCGCCGCCGCCAGGGCCGAUCUCAACUGGGCCCACAACCAGUCGGCACCCUGGAGUCUCGUCGCCGACCGGAUCCCCUCCAACAGCCGCUCCACGUUGUCCAUCAGCCCUCCAGGGAGACAAAAAGGGAAAAAACCCCACCAGGCCAAAUCUGGGAACACAGAAGUGAACACAAACUCGGCCAGGUAGGAAAUUAGAAGUGAGCUCACUUAAAAUGGCUGCCUAUUUAAAUAUCCCAGCCUAUUUACCCAUAACUCCAUACUUCCUCCCCUCCUCCUUUGCCCGCCUCCUAACCCCUGUCAAGGCCCUUUUUCGCUUAGCUGUGCUUUGGCUACAUGGGGCUACCAUAUUAGAUUAGUGAACACGCGGCUGGAUAAAUCACUAUAUUAGAUAAGUAAUCACACGGCUGGAUAAAUCCCUAUAUUAGAUUAGUGAACACACGGCUGGGUAAAUCCCUAUAUUAGAUUAGUGAACACACGGCUGGAUAAAUCCCUAUAUUAGAUUAGUGAACACACGGCUGGGUAAAUCCCUACAUUAGAUUAGUGAACACACGGUUGGGUAAAUCCCCAUAUUAGAUUAGUGAACUCACGCCUGGGUAAAUCCCUACAUUAGAUUAGUGAACUCACGGCUGGGUAAAUCCCUAUAUUAGAUUAGUGAAAUCACGGCUGGGUAAAUCCCUAUAUUAGAUUAGUGAACUCACGGCUGGGUAAAUCCCUAUAUUAGAUUAGUGAACGCACGCCUGGGUAAAUCCCUAUAUUAGAUUAGUGAACUCACGGCUGGGUAAAUCCCUAUAUUAGAUUAGUGAAAUCACGGCUGGGUAAAUCCCUAUAUUAGAUUAGUGAACUCACGGCUGGGUAAAUCCCUAUAUUAGAUUAGUGAACUCACGGUUGGGUAAAUCCCUAUAUUAGAUUAGUGAACACACGGCUGGGUAAAUCACUAUAUUAGAUUAGUGAACACACAGCUGGGUGAGUCACAAACCAAGGCAAUAAAGCAGAAUUGUGUACUUGCAGAUGGGUAAAUUGGUGCAAGGGCAUAAACCAGUAGCGCAAGGUCCGUUAAUCCCACCAUAUAAUAACUUUCCUUCAUCGUGUAAUAUAACUGAUGUGAGAAAUGCCAGGCUUGAUAAUCAGACAGACCCUUGUUUCUGGGCUAGAGGCGACCACAUCUAAUUUUACACUAAUUUCACGCUAAUUAUAGAAUACAGAACUAAAUGCAACUGGGCGAGAUGUGUCUACGAGCCUGCAUUCUCUGUGUUAAGAUGACUUUUCUACAGAAAAUAUAUAUAUAUAUGUUUAAAGUAGCACUCUUAGCCUGCUGUAGUGGUUAUGGUGUCAGCAUGCCCCUGACGUCUCCUUCUGGUCCAUGUCUAAAUGUUAUUGAUCAUCCAUUGAAUACUGUAGAAAUUGGACAUAAUUUGUCCUGAAUACAGGCACCGCGUCAAUGGUUUUUGUGAAACUGCUUGAAAAUGGUUUGUCACAGAACUGGAGAAUGUAAGUGGAGUCACAGCAGGUUAAGUGUAAGUAGGGUGGCAUAAACAGAAACAAAAAGUGUUUUAACUCCUAAAUGACAGAUAAUUGAGCAGUGAGACAGCAGGGGCAUGAUCUAUACACCAAGACUGCUUCAUUAAGCUAAAGUUGUUUUGGUGAUUAUAGUGUCCCUUUAACCCCUUAAGGACACAUGACAUGUGUGACAUGUCAUGAUUCCCUAUUAUUCCAGAAGCUUGAUCCUUAAGGGGUUAAAGGAGAACACUAUAGGGUCAGGAACACAAACAUGUAUUCCUGACCCAAUUGUGUUAAAAUGCCAGCCCCUUUGGCCCCCUUGACCUCCUAUAUAUAAUAAAAAUCUUACUUUUAUUCCCGACUGCUUCUGGCUCUGCCCCGAUCUGCCUGCUUGGCUAACAUCAUCAGUAGUGAUUAUCAAAGCCAAUCACACUGCUUUGUAAUUGGAAUAGUAGCACUGGCCCAGGAAGCAUCUCUAGUAGCCACCUGAGGAGUGGCCAGUGGAGUUAUCACUAGGCUGUAAAGUAAAAAUAUUUUCUGAAAAGACCGUGUUUACUGCAAAAAGCCUGAAGGUAAUGAUUCUACUCACCAGAACAAAUACAAAAAUCUGUAGUUGUUCUGAUGACUAUAGUGUCCUUUUAAGAAGUGGCUAACUAUUGGCGUUGCAGAUGAGAGAUAAAGGAAAGGGGUCAUAUAGCUGGAAACACAAUGGGCCAUCACUGUGAUUACUACAACUGUUUGUGUUGCCAUAACAACUCGAAGUCACAAAAAUCGCAAUCUCCAGUGUAACAUGUAUCAUUUUAAAACAAUCCAAACCAGCUAGACUUCGAAUCACCCUCUCCUGAAGGAGAGGAGGUCAUCGUUGCGUUUUGUAGGAGUCCUUUAGCUCUGUGUAAUCAUUGUUUGACUUUGUGGCUCUUGGAGAACAGCUAAGUUCCUUGUAACUGGGAAAGUUUCUAUGAAAUGAGUACUUCGAGCACAACGUAGUCUGGUACUCACCAGAAAUUACAAAUCUCUGCGUCUGCAUGCAAUGUUCUUUAGAAACAGAUUUUCAUUUUUUUUUUUCCUUUGUAGAUUUUUCUCCACUGAGUGGUUGUGAUUUAAAUUAUAAUUUGUAACACAUGAAUUCUUUGAAUUCAUUUUAUAUGAUUUGUAUAUGCCUCUUGGGGGAAGAAAAAAUAAAUAAAUAUUACACACACUUACAAUUGUAUUUUGUAAAAAAAAAAAAAAAAAGGUUGGCCCAAAAGAUGAUGCCCAACUAAAGCAACGUCCAAGCUCCUAAAUAACUCUGGGCAUCUGCAAAUAUUACCGAAUCAGUGGCAUUUUUAUAUUUGUUCAACCUGUUUAGGGCGGAACUGUCACUUCUCUGAAAGUGACAGUUUUUCAGUCUGUUGCUCCAUUGAACACUAUUAAAGUGACAUAAUCGGUUCAUGCUUACACAGGCAUCUGUUAGAGAGUGCCAUGCAAGCACAUGCCCGCUCGGACAUCCCUUUCGAAGUGUUAUGUAUGCCAACAACUUAACAGUGGAAUGUCUCCAUGUGGAUUUAGUUAAGCAAAGACUGGCAAAUAAUGUAAAUCGAAAAAAUGAAAUCAUUAGCGGUUUAUAAAAUGUAAAAUAAAUCCCAUUGCUAACUUUUUUUGUUUGGGACUGUGGCUCUUUGAGUUAACUGGAUUGUUUAAUAACAUAAUAUUUUAUGUGCUUCGGGGAUAAAGUUUGUAACCUCCCAGACCAGGAGUAUUCAAUUUCAGAAGUAUUUCCGGAUGUGUUGUGUGCAUAAGAAUUCAGAGUUUUUGCCAAAGACUUCAAAACAGACGUGUUUUCAAAAACACACAUUUUUAAAAUGUAUUUAUUAUUUUUAAAGUCUGUUUCUCCUUCUCAGAUUUCUAGAUUUCCAUUCAGCCGCUUCUACCUGUUCUCCCUCUCGCGCCUCCCUGCUGACUGGAAGGCUUGGAAUUCGCAAUGGCGUGACGCAUAACUUUGCAGUGACGUCUGUCGGUGGACUUCCGCUUAACGAGACCACCUUGUCAGAUGUUUUAAAGCAAUCUGGCUAUCGGACCGGACUGAUAGGUAAAACUACUUUCUUUCCUUAAUUUGGCCAUGUGCUUUUAAUUUUUGUAAUGCUUGUAAAUUGUAUAUUUUUACCUAGAAUAUUGACACAUAUAACCUCAAUUUAAUAUGCUUGGAUAAGCUUUUCCAAAAUAAAAAAAAAUGUAAAAAAAAAAUCAAUGUUCAAAAAAAAAAAAUCAAAAAUUUUUUUUUUCAAAAUAUUAAGUCCUUUUAAAAGUUCCUCCAAAAAUAUUAACUCUUUUGAAGAGUAUUUCUUAAAAUAUAAAAUCAAGGCGAUAAUGAAUAGUGGCAGGAGAUCACCCCCCCAACUUUUCAAUUGGAUAAACAGGGACACUUCCGUCGUAGGUGGUUGGGUCAGCGGUGGGCUGUUGUAAGACAUUUCAUUGACUUUGCAAAGUAUUGAUUAUUUAGAGAGCUGACUUUAUCCUAAAGUAUCUUAUUUACACAGAAUGGUUUUAAAAAAUAUAUUUUUAUAGUUCAGAGAUACGAUAUUGUAUGGUUUAUUGCUGUUGAGCUCUGUUACACAUUCGCACAAACAAAAAAUAAUGAGUUUGUAGAAAACGGGGACAUUAAGAUAGUAUAGAAGAAGAGAUGGUCUAUUGUCCUUCACUAAAACUAAAUUAGUUAAUAUUACUUUCUAGGUAAAUGGCACCUGGGACACCAUGGAUUAUAUCAUCCUAAUAACCGGGGUAGGUGGAAUAUAUUUAAACUGUGUGGUAAGGGGCUCCGUUUUUCCACUAACCAAAAAUUGUGUAUUGUCGUCACAUGGAAUGCAGAAGGGACCUCAAACACACACAGUUAACCACAAACUCCCCCUACCCCUGGGCAGCAGCAAAAGCCACAGUAUUCAUCAGCCCAAAUACACAGAACAAAAUAAGUUACCCGUGCUGUAUCUCAAAACCCUGUGCACAUUUAAAUAGCGGGAGGUUUUAGAAUCACUCCAAUGGGCAUUCAGUUGCAGCUCACCUGUCGCAUCAAGGCAAACCUCUUAGGUGAGUCCUGCACCAACAUUCACUUUUCUGCUUUCAGCCAAAAGGCAAAUAUUUUAUAAACCUACAUAUUGCUGCCCAGGAAUAAUGUUUUAUUUAUUUAUUUUUAAUGCUGCCACGUAACCGUUCUGCCACUCAUCCCAGCCCUAACUUCCCCCUUUACAGCGCAAAUUGUAAUGGGCUGAAUCUAAAGCACUAACCCCUACAGCAGCUCUGUAUAACUGGACACGCUUAGCUGACCUACGUUUCCUUGUGCAGGCUUCGAUUAUUACUUUGGUAUUCCUUAUAGCAAUGACAUGGGGUGCACUGACCACCCAGGAUAUGACACCCCACCAUGUUCACCAUGUCCUCUGCAUCACGAGUCGCAAAGAAGGUACCAAAAUAAUGCACUUUACUCUGACUGGUCAGCGGAGGCACUCGUUUAAAUAGACUGUUUCUGGUUUGAAUUUCAUAGUUUGGCCAUAGGGUGUGUGUUUUUAUAUAAAAUCUCCCUCAUGCUUCCUUUAUUUCAAGUGUUCCGACAUAUUUUCUGCUCCCUCACCAUCCUUUAAUGUGUCUUCAUUUUCCCUACAUUAAUCAAUAUUCUCUUUCUGUCUUUCAAUGGCAAUCAGGGCAUAUUACAGACUGCUAUUGCCGACUCUGCUAACUUUAAGCUAACUCUUUAGUAAAUAACCCUGAUUGUUUGCACGUUAGGGUGUAUUUUGUUUAAAAAAACACAUUUAAAGGAGGGCCAUUGGGUUGAGAGAUGGAUAAUCAUGUCUUUCUUGAUUCCUGGGCUAUUAACACCCAUUUUGGAGUUAAUUUUGGUAAUUUGACAACAGGUUAAUUUAAGACUUUUUUUUUUAAAUUUAGGGUUACUUUAGAUUAUCUCAAUAUUUGCUCAGUUUAGAUAAUAGAAUUUCAUUUGACACAGAGCCUAUUAAUUAUUUUCCCAAAUGUGUUGGUAUCAAAUUUGGUGCUCGACUCCUUGACGACUCUGUGCCUUGUCACGCAGGUCAAGGAGUGGUUGUUAUCCCCAUCUUGCUCUACCUCUGCUGGAGAACAGUGUGAUAGUGGAACAGCCUGUAAAUUUGAGCAACCUACCUGCCCAAUAUGUGCGCAAGGCGGCUGACUUCAUCAAGGAUGCAAGGUGAGUGAUUAUUUAAUCCUCUCUGUACAGGGUGCCUUGGACUGAAUUUCUACCUCGUCAAUAUAGUUAGAAGAAUAAAUAUCUGCAUCUCUACUGAGUUAACCUACCAGGAUCCCUGGUUAAAGCACCUGCUGAACUAGUUUAUAAAAUUGCUGCACUCCGCAGGUUUCUGUUGGGCAUCUGACAAUGUCCCAGACACCUAAUGUACUUUGUCAAACCUCUCCCUUUAGUCUAGUUUCUCGUCUGUGACCCUAGUGAAAAGUUACCCUUUGUUCCAGGGAGCACAUUUGUUUGAAAACACACAGGAAGGAUUUAUUUAAUGUCUAAUAAUAAGCCAAAACAAGGAUGUGAUUAGUCUCAACCAAUUCAGAACAGGAUCUAGAUUAUUAAGCCAUAUUUUGGGCCACUGUGUGUCCGCAUCAGACAGUAAUUACUCUUUACUUACCUGGAGAAAACCUCUUGUGUCAGUGUAACCCAUACUGUUUAAUGUACAAAUUCUAACCAAAAUUAGAUUGGUUUUAUUUAAAGUGGUUUCAGAGCUGUAGUUCUUCCCACGAUGCAUAGCCAGUGAAUGUUGGCUUGGCAUAAUAAGAAAUGCAGUCCAGAAUCCUCUUUCCUUAUUUGCUAAAGCACAAACUAUGCAGAAUUAACCAGGGAAUAGAAAAUUAUAGAAAGAAAUAUCCAACGUGGCUGUAUUUUCAAGCUGGACUAUUUAUUUAUUACUUAAUCAAACAUUGCAACCCCCAUUCCACAUAGAAAAACAAAACCAACUAUUACAAUUUGACCAAUUAACAUGUCUAAAACCCUUAUUCCAAGCUAACUGUAAAAUUCUACCCCCUACAUACAGUUUUUGCAGACCAGGCAAAUUGGGGAAAAAAAUCACAUUCACUGCUAGUGACGCUCUGUCUGCACAUGACACAUGGCAGUCUCUCUGGCAAAAUGGUUUAAUUCUGAUUUGCCCAUAUAAAUCCACAUUUAAUGCAUCUAACCAUCUUAUUGACUUGAAGAGCCCUUUAGUUCCACUCACAAUACCGCUUCCUACUAGUCUCCCUGCUCUCAAAUCACGUUUACCUUGCUGAUUUGCUUGACUUCAAAAUGGCCGACAAUGAAUUAAACCAGGUUACUUCAUCUCAAUGAAAUGGUCCUAUCAUUUUAACCCUGCAAUGUAAAACAGUGCUAUUUUUGAUGAAACUGAAAUCUUUCCAAUACAGGAUUAACAAUUAAACACACCUCUAGUGGCUGUCAUACUGAAACAUACGAACGGCCUCUAGAAGCGCUUCCACAUUGAAAAAAGAGUCAAACUCUGUUCUCAAUCAAAUGCUUCUCCUAGAGCAGCAACUGACGGGCACAGUGCAUGCGCACUAGCCUCCCAAUGCUUUGGGAAUUUGUUGGCAAUUUGCCACGCAUGCACACUAGCCUUCCCCAUUGACAUGGCUGUAAUCAUCCAGAUUUAUGAUCCCAGCCAAGGAGGCAGGGUUGCCAAAAAGAGAGAGCAGCACAGCGAUGGAGAAAAGGUUAAAAUAACCAAUAAGUAUAAUUCCUUUUCUAAUUCUCUGCACUACCAGUGUUUAGUGCAUAACUCGACUGGUGUCUUUGUUUUUAUUGAUGGCUGGAGGAAGGACCUUCUACAUGUCAGGGUGAUCUUGGGGUUCUCUGGCAUUUUAUUUGAUCGUUUUCCAAGCAAACUAGACAGAGCCCAAUAAAAGAAGAUCCCUAAUGCCUACAAAGAAGCAGGUAUUUUAGAUUAUCCCGUAAAGAAAAACGUAGUUUUGAUGAAUCAUCAGUUUUGUUCACUUGUAAAUAUUUCCUAAGGGAAAGUUUCCAACCACGUUUGGCACAGACUUUACCGGGGAAUCAAAAGAAGCAGGCGCUGCGUCCAAGGGAACAUUUAAUUACAGCUUGGUACUGAGCUGCCAGGUUGUGAAAUCCUUGACACUUUUAACGCUUUAGGUGAGGGAACAGCGUGUGAUAGAAGAAAGUUUUUGAAACAUUAUACUUUUGGUUAAUUUUUUUAAAUGAACAAACACUUUAAUUUCUCCUUAAUAAAUUUUGAUCAUUUUAUUUUAUAUAAUUGGUUUAUGCACGUCAUUUUCACCUGACCAGGUCACCAUCAUGUUUCAACGUGAGUACGCAAUUUCUCCAUCUCUCUACAUUGUGAGAGGCUAAACGCAAAAAAUAGAUCUCACUGCUCAGUCUAAAGCAUCGCUGAUAGUCACUAGCUCAGCUGCUGAUUGGCUAGGGAGGUAGCAAGAAAUGGAAAUCCGUAUUUUCUGCAAACGAAUGCACUCAUUUUACUUAUUUACUUUUAAAGAUACAAUUUAAAGUAGUAUUUUUAAAACCAUGUUUGUUUAGAAAAAAUAUUUUUGCUAAAAUAGGGCACACUUAUUUUACUUCAGUUCAGUCUUAAAUAUUUUUUUUUUUCAUUUUAGUUAUAUAAUUUAAAAAAAUAUAUAUUUGAUACACAUAUAGAUUCCGCAAUGAAAAAAUGACCAUAUAAAUUAUUGCAAUAGCUGAGUAUUAUUAUUCCAGAAAAGAAGAGAAGAAAAUGCGAUGGGAAGCUGGACGAACGUCUACGGCCGUGGUCAUAGCGGUCGUAGCUUAAGUAUAAUAUUUGUAAUAAAACAAGCAUUGUAGAAGUCCUUCAUUAGGGAGGAGUUCCUUGCCCUGGAGAUGGCAGGGCUGUUAGAAUAAAUUAUAUGAAGUGUUCUACUACUUGUGACCUACUCUGUUCCAACCACUGGGGAUCCACGAUACAGCAUGGGAACACAAUAAUGGCUCCCGGUUAAGAACCACUUUACAGGCUCUGAGUUUUAAGGAUAUAAAUGCAACUUCUAAUGAAUGAAAUAGGCCACUGAAUCAGUGAAACUGUUUAUUUUAUCUCUAUAUCUCUGCUUUCCUCACAUUACUGCGUCGGUCAGAUAAAAACCAAACCAAUAUGUUACAAAUAUUUUCUAUGCAAUCACUUCAUUCGUGUGAAGCUUUGGUACCCACUGAGUGCGAAUGAGAAAUUAAUUCCAUCUAUGUGUUUGUGGAUACAAUCUUCAUCCUAAUGAUCUGGGUUAUUUUUUUUUAUUUUUUUUUUGUGUCUCCUUGCUAUUUAUUUUUUUAUUUUUUUGCAGUGACCAUGAUCAGCCCUUCUUCUUGUACAUUGCACUAGCUCACAUGCACGUACCGCUCUCCAAACCCACAGCAACGUUUGCCCAGUCGCUAUAUGCUGAGAACCUGCGAGAGAUGGAUCAGAUGAUUGACCAGAUCAGAGUCGCGGCUCGAAACGCUAAGCAGAAUAACACUCUUAUCUGGUUUACAGGUAACUGUGUGCACAGGCUUUAACAUGAACAUUUGAAUCGUAUAGAAAUAAUUCUAAUAAGCAAUCCAUUCAUUCAAAUAAUAAUAAUAAAAAAAAUACAUAGUACACCAAUAUGGGCUCCUUAAACUUUUUUCUGUAGUUUUGAAUCUCUGCAUAGCUUUUAAUGCCUUUUGGAAUAAUUUUAAGUACCGUGUAUAUACUCGAGUAUAAGACGAGUUUUUCGGCACAUUUUUUGUGCUGAAAACCCCCCACUCGUCUUAUACUCGAGUCAAUGCCGGUAUUACUUACAUUGCCAUAAUACAGACCAGGACCGCCGGGCUCAUUACAAGCCUGGCGAUCCUGUUUGGGGCUGGCAGAGAGCUGUAACUUACCUUUCCUGCAGCUCCUGUCAGCUCCCUUCUCUCUCCUCCGGCUCCGCGCGGCACUCACACCGCGAGACUUACAGGGGAGCUGACCGGACCGGAGGAGAGAGAAGGGAACUGACAGGAGCUGCAGGAAAGGUAAGUAACAGCUCUCUGCCAGCCCCCCUCCUACACAGCCCAUCCACUGGACCACCAGAGAGUGAGAGCCCCCCUGCCUGGCCAUGGAUCAAGCAGGAAGGGGGGACGAAAAAAAUAUAAAUAAUAAUUUAAACAAUAAUAAAAUAAAAUUUAUAAUAUUAAAAAAAUAAUAAUAAAAUAUUAAUAAUAUAACAAAAAAUUCAUAUUAAAAUAAUAAUUUUAAAAAAAAUGCCCACCCCCCACCAAGGCUCUGCAUCACAUACUCAUACACGCACUGCACUCAUGCACACACGCACUGCAUUCAUACACACACACACACACACACACACACACACUGCAUUCAUUAUAUACACACACUGUCAAUAAAUAUUCAAUUAAUAUAAUUUUUGGGGGAUAUCAUUUUAUCUAGAAAUUUACCAGUAGCUGCUGCAUUUCCCACCCUAGUCUUAUACUCGAGUCAAUAAGUUUUCCCAGUUUUUUGGGGUAAGAUUAGGGGUCUCGACUUAUAUUCGGGUCGACUUAUACUCGAGUAUAUCCGGUAUGUUAUGGUUAUAUAACCUAAAACCGAGCAUAGCACUGUCCCCUCCCCCAUUCUAUCUCCAAUGAUUGCAUCAUCGUCUUUUCUCUUUAGUCUCACUCCUACACAUGCCUACAGUGCACUCUUCCAUGGAAGAUCUUAUGUGAGGUUUGAAACUAGCCCAAUUUUCUGCACCAUGGACCUUCAGAAUCAGUGACUGACAUUUUCGGCGUAAAAUCACUUUGUUUAUGCAGCUCGAGUGACACCUUCCUGCAUGUGACCUACGCAGCCUUUCUAAACACUUCCUGUAACAUGAGAUCUAAUGUUCAUACUUCCUUUUUGCACAUUCUGUUUAAUUUAGAACUUUAUUAUUUCCUGCUCUAUUAAUAGAUUGCUAGACCUUGCAGAAGCCUCCUAUGUGUGAUUUAAAGUUCAAUUCACCGAGCAGGAGAUAGAAACUUUUUAAGUAAGUUACAUCUGAUGGAAAAUUAAACAAUUUUUUCAUGCAGGCUGUGUCAGUCACAGUUAGGGGAGGUGUGGCUAGUGCUGCAGAAACAAAUGUAAUUGAACUUGUAAAUGGCUAAAGUUGUUUUGAUGCCUACAAUAUUCUUUCAAGCUAAACUUAUUUUGGUGCUUAUUACGAAUUCCUCUAAAUUCCUGGGAUACUUACUUUAUCCUGUUGGUAAUAGUCUUUCUCAUCGCCAUUACAGAAGGCUUCAGUUCAACAGGAAUUGCUAGAUUGUGGUAUCUGGGGCCUUUUUGUCCUGGAUCUCUAUAGUUGGUGGUACGGGCAGAAGGAUUUCUUAUCUUUUUAAAUGUAUUUUUAAUUUUAUAUCAGAAUCUGCUUUUCAAAGCAGCCACCUAUUCUAAAAAGAAAUCUCUGUAAUCUAGUGCUCUGUGAGGUUACCAACAUUGCUGCACACACCCCUAAUAGUUAGCAUGGCAGAAUAGCACUGAAUACCUGACUCUGCACUAUGUGCAUUUCUCUAUCAGGGUUUAGUUGCUAAAGUGAGAAUUAACGGUGAAUUUAACAUUUAAGGUGAAAAGAGUCAAAUUGGAAAAAUCGUCUGUCAGCUAUGCUUUCAGUUCAGCCUCCCUGGCUUUAAAACUGACAUUCUGCCUUUAGUAAAUAGCCCUGUUUGCUUUCAUUGAGAAAUUGGAGAGUCAGCAGCUUUCUGUUCACUGGUAGAGAAGAGUGAGAUAAUAUGGAAAGACUGGCAUGUGUCAUGACGUGUCUCCACCUCUCUGUUAGUGUAUGAACCAUCAAGUUUUCCCAUGGGCUAAAACACCAGGUGUUUUGGAACCUAGCAAGGCCCCUGCUUUGUUCUACAUCCCAGAGUUAUUUCCUGAAAGUCCAGUAUAUUUACCCAUAUCCUCUGUCUGCCUCCUACAGUAGGACAUAUAACUAAUACUCAGCUUUAUUUUUCUAAAAUCAGUAUCCUCUUCUAUCUCAGGGGACAAUGGACCAUGGGCUGAAAAAUGUCAGUUUGCAGGAAGUGUGGGCCCUUUCGUGGGAUCGUGGCAGACCAAGCAAGGUAUGUUGACAUUUUUAUCUUUGUACUCUUUUGAAUAUGCAUAUAUAAAACAUUGAAUAGUGUAACACUAGUUCUGUAGUGUGUCACGUGAAAUUAUACUUAUCAACCUGUCAAUAAUCCUAAUUAAAGAAAAACUGGAGUAAAAAAAGGUUUGCCUUUUGUACCAUGGCGCUCCUGAUAUGUCUAGUGUGAGGUCUCCACCUCCAUGAGGAGAUCGACUAACUAAAAGCAGACACAAGAAAGCGAGCCUCAGCCAGGAUCACAAUUAAUUAAAAAAAAUUCACAACAUUAAUCUUUGUAAAAUUAAAAUGAGAUUGUAAAGGGCAAAGAGGGGUGGUAAGAGACCAAAGUCCCAACAAGAUCCUUUAAAAAAAAGUCAUGUAGGGCACUUUACCCCUUACUUCCCCUUUUCUGCUUCACAAUUUCAUAUAAUAGAGAGAUAUAUGUACUUUUUAUUUUUAUUAAUAGUAAAUGUAUUUCUUUGUUUAUUUAUAAUCCUGGUUGAAGAUGGCCUCUGACUUCCUUGGCAUCAUCUUUUAGGGGGUCCAACCAACUAUUACAUAAGCAAUUGACCCUAGUUCAGUGAUGAUCUGGCCAGCGGCAAAUGACCAUGAGGUAAUGGAAAUUCAAUUUCUGCUCCCAGGGGUGCUGAACACACAUACCAGAAACAAAAUAACAUACACAAGGCUAUGUAGAUGUUAAACAAACUUUUUGUUUAGCAGACGUUUUUCGAAUUCUGUUUGAAAGCAUAUUAUUUUUUGAAUUUCAGGGCUAUUCACAAAACUGAGAAUUAAAAAAUUUAGGCCAAAGUAGCGAAUUGGAAAAAUUCACCAGCUCGGCUAUUUUAACUUAAAAUAUGUAAACCACCACCACUUUAGUUUAUAAACUCCAAUAGAUUGCUUAAUUGUGUGGGUGCAGAGUACGAUUUCCUUGGAAAUCAUUCAGAAACGUUGUGUGCAUUUCAUUUUAGAGGUGAACAAAACAAUCGUCAAAUGAAAGAAUGAUGUUUCUGAUUUUCCAUAGACCUGGGUAUAGCUUAGUAAUACAAGCCCUUAAAUGCUUGCUGCGGUGUGAAUCUAUACCAGCACCAAGGGGUGGGCUCAGGAAGCUCCUCUGAGCUUAUUGAUAAAAUACUAAGCCAUAAUGAGCAGUCAAGGAGUCUUAAGGUCGUUUAAGGUCUCUCCUCCUUGAAUGUUGCCAGACCACUGAAAUGUGAUGUAGGUGACUCACAAUCUCAUAUAGAAGAAAUGUGUCUUUAAUUUCACUGUGCUGUGUGUUUAUAUGACCCCAGGGUGGGGGCACAAUUUAUUUGGACCUCUGACCCUACUGUGUUUUAAAUGUGCAUUGUCUUAAUUUUUUCACUGAUGGUCCAUGGGUUGGAUAGUUGACAUAAUAAGGGUUAUAAAGCACAUUGGUCCUAAGGACAUGUUGGGUCAUUUUGAUAAUAUAUCUACAUAUUUUCUAAAAAAGUGUUUGUUUUUAAAUGCUCAAAAUCUUCACUAGCCAUUGGCAGGUGACAUUUCAGCCAUAGAAAUUCACUCCUAGUUUUAGUGUGCCACGGACCUUCCAGGAUUGGCUAGUAGUGUAUAACUUCAGUUUUAUAACCUCUCGUAACACUAAUAGUCAAAAAUGCAGGCCACACAGUACAUUUUAUAGAGUUUUCAAUAGUAAAUGCAAAUAGCAGGCAUACACAAGUAGAGUGUACAGUCUCAUACAAUGCAUUAAGGAUUAGGGUACAAAUUAAACAGCUAUCACAGUUCAUGUAACAUGAGCAACGUAUAUAUCAUUACAGCCUAGUGAUAACUUCACUGGCCACUCCUCAGGUGGCUACUAUAGGUGCUUCCUGGGGCAGUGCGCACAGUGUGACUGAUAUUCAGUGUCUCCACCCUCUGCAUGCAGACACUGAACUUUCCUCAUAGAGAUGCAUUGAUUCAAUGUAUCUCCAUGAGGAGAUGCUGAUUGGCCAGGGCUGUGUUUGACUUGUGCUGGUUCUUCCCCCGAUCUGCUUCCUUGACAAUCUCAGCCAGUCCUAUGGGAAAUAAUUGUGAUUGGCUUUUGAUCAACACUUCUGAUGAUGUCAGCCAAGCAGGCAGAUCAGGGGCAGAGCCAGCAGCAGCAGCAGACUGGAGUAAAGGUAAGAUACUAGAUUUAGAGAGGGGGCUAGAUGGUGGUUUUAACACUAUAGGGUCAAGAAUACAUGUUUGUCUUCCUGACCCUGUAGUGUUCCUUUAAGCAAAGCAAAACAAAUUAACAAGAGUAGACACUGAAAAUGAAAAAAAAAUAUAUUUUUAUAAAGCAAGGUGGCUUUUAAAUCUCCCACCCCACCAUAUGAAUUGUCUCAGCACUGAUGUGUGGGCACUCUAAGAGAGUCUGUGACAAUAAGGGCACAACUAACUCGUACAGGAUCUCUUUUACUUGGCACAGUGUGGCACAGAGACAGUCUGUGCAGUUUGAGUUGGCGGUGCCCAAGUGGAGGAUUGACAAGGGAAAUGACAAGUUUAGGUAAAGAUAGCUGAACUGGAAACCUAGCCUUCUUGGAGAAUUUGUCCAAUUCGGCUUCUUUAGGGUAAGCUUUCCAAAUCUCCUUUUCACUCUCUACACUUCCAGUUUAGUGAACAAACUCUUUUUUUUUUUUUUUUUUUCUGUAUUUCAUGCAGUGCCUUGUAUAUUGUCCUUAUAUUAUUAUCAUUACAGUAAAAUGUUCAUUCCAUGUAUCCAACCAUGCUUUGGUUUGUAGGUGGGAGCGCUUCGAAGAAAACCACGUGGGAGGGUGGGCACCGUGUUCCUGCCGUAGUGUACUGGCCAGAGAAUACACCACAAAAUGUCACUGUUUCAGCCCUACUCAGGUAAGGAUUAGUCUGGGCCUGGCUUAAAUGUGUACAAGGUCUAUUCACUAAAUUGGGAAAUUCUAAUUAUCUAAAAGGGGAAAUUGCCAACGUUGGGCAAAUAUAGCUAAACUGUCAUGUAACACAUCCAAAAAUUCACAAUUCCCUUGUCAGUUUGCCACGUUUUCCGGUUUAGAGAAUAAACGGGAAAUAACGUACAGGACUACUCCGCACCCAUAAAGUGUCUUUGCUUUCUAAAGUGUUUUAUGGGUGAGAAGUAUCGCAUAAUAAUGAGUCUAUAAACAUGCUGUCAAUCAAACAGCCAGGGAGGUUUCUUUCUCCUUCUGUGAGCUCCCCUGAGCUAAUGGAUGAGCAGGUUCACUCUACUUGAGUGUGCCUGCCUCCCCCUGCAUAACUCAGAUCAGCCCUCAGACCAGCGUCCACAGACCUCAGAUCAGAAUGUUAUAAGUGCACAUAGAUGGGGGAGACUUUCAGAGGCUUCCUUAAUGGGAAGACUGACUAUAUCCCCGUGAAGAGAUUAAGUCCCUUCCAUGGAAAAGAGGAAGAGCGUGCAAAGGCUGUAGUUCAUAAGAAACUGGUCUUAAAUAUACCCCAAAUGAAUAAAUGCAUGAAAAUCUACUAAACUGUGAUUUCCCAUUUUUGCCCAUUUCCGCAGUGGAAUAUUCCUUUAACCUACCUGUUGAAAGCUCUCAACAUGUUUUGCAAAAACAAAUUCCUGUGUUUGUCAGUUAUCUGCUCUUAUUACAAGGGUCAUGUUUACACAGUUUCCUACUCAAAUAACAUGUUAAACGUGACCCAAGACCGAACACCACCUUCUCGAACAGAGAGCGUUAUUCACUAAAUGGUGAACUAAGCUGAUCCGAACAUCGAGCUGUAUAUCUGAGGCUUCAAAACCAAAACCUACAACUUCCUAUCUAGAAGACCCACAUGAACAUGGACUGGGAUCAUUCGCACAGCACCCCAGGUGAUACAAGCAGAUGUAGCACCCCGAAGGAUACCUCUGUCCUUGGCACUAAUUGCCGUGGUAUCCCACUGACUGAACAAACCCUCCCGCUGCCUGUUAAAACCAGCGAUUAAGGUCAAGCAUUGGGCAAAUACCAUAUUCCCAUCCAGGGCAAUGUUUAUUCAGCUAUGCCACCACUGGUUUCUACCAGAACCGUGUCUUAAUAACACCCUGCCAGCUAUUCCCAGUAUUGUUCAUUGUGCAGACUCUCAGUUGAUAAAUUGUUCAUCUGUUCUGCUAAAGAGAAGCCCUUAACUAAGUGAUUGCAGCUGAUUUAUUGCUGUCUGGUAAGGUUUUAAACAGGCCCUUGUAAGAAACUGACAGCUCCGAGUGGGGAAGGGGGGGAAGGACAACACUAGGAUCGGAACGAUCUGCCUCUAAAGUCAAUAUUAAACCAGAACAUGCUUCAGGAAAUGGGGAAGGAGUCCUCUCUUUAUUGAUCACUUAUAUCAUGUAUUUGCAAAUCAUCCUGAUAUUAAUAAAUGCUGGCUUGGAAUCGCUAGCUAUGACAACCCUGAGAUUUCAUCAAAGUUGUCAAACUGAGAAUUCUGAUCAAUUCUGAAUUAUGAAAAAAAAAUGUCUGUUUUCCACAAUUGUGAUUUAGUGAACAAAGCCACACGAGUUUGUUUAUACCUUCUGAAAUUAGAGAAAUAUCCCAACUAGAAUUGCUUAACAUGCUGUAAAAGUCAAGUUUAAUCCCCUGUAUGUUACACAUUUGAUUGCAGCUGGUAAUAGGGAUUCUAUAUUUUCAAAUCUUUUGCAUUAAAUUAGAGAAUUCAACCACCGCUCCCCCACACCCAAACAUUUCAGCAUCUCCUGAUUUGUGCAAAGUUGACCAAUCUAUGUCUGUCUGAUAGUUUACUCAUAGACCGUUAAACAAAAAGCUCCCACAGGGUCCUGAGGAGAUUACCAGUUUGUGGCCACAGUCACUCUACCUAUAAGGAAGGUUAAUAAAGGCCUAGUAUCUUUAGAGGGAGACUCCACUGCCUAAAAAAUAAAAAUCUGUGUAGUAGAUAUCCCCCAAUAUCGUCAUCCUAAACCCUGACUUUCUGUGUCUGUCCAAACAACGACGUCCAAAUGAAAGCAGGUGCUCUGGGCAAUUGCUGCUUCUUGAGUUUAGCUCCACUGAGCUAAGCAACCAGGAAGUAAAAGGACAGGUCGACUGAUUGACAGCCAGGAGGGUGUGACCAGGUAAAUUUAUAAAAGUGUUAAUUAGUAUUGAAAUCUGCACUUUUUGUGAAAUGAAAAAGAAGACACAAUUCUCACACAUAAAGCAUUUCAGCAAGCUGAAGGGCUUUAAUUAUUUGGAGUGUUCCUUUAAGUCUAACUCCGGCCCCUGCCACCUUAUAGUUAAUCCAGCUAUGUACACAUAACUUUGUCCUGUAACUGCAGCAAACCCAGUCUGUAGUUUAAAUGUAACAAAACAUCAAUCUUCCCUAAUAUGCCGACUAUCUGAACGCCCUAUGUUUUAUCUUCUCACAGUGUGCUGGAUAUAUUCCCCACCUUGGUAUCUCUGGCAAACGCCACUCUUCCAGUGGACAGACGCUUUGACGGCAAAGACAUAUCUGAGAUCCUGUUUGGGCGUUUGCAGAGCGGUCAUAGGGUGAGCCCAAGAUUUACUUGAUAGCAUAAAACAGCUGCAGCAGGAAGAGCGAGAGUUUCCAAGAACACGAACACAUUAUUCUUCCUGAGACCUGCUUUUAUUGUUUGGAUAUUACUGGUAAAUGAGAUCGAGCACUUUACAUUCAAAGAAUAUCCGCCGUGUUCCCUGUCUGCUUGUGGGAUAAUUCAGUCACUUACAGGUGGUUCUAAUUAGGAAUUUUUAAACCCCUUAAUGUCAAAGCAAACUUCCUGGGCGUUGGACAUUACCCAUAAUGCUUGCCCAUAGCCGACAGGGAAUUCUGGGUGCAUUACUGUUUUCAAAAUAAAAACCAAAUGCAGAUAAUAUUUUAAAAUAAGAUUACACAUAUUCUACUAUUCUUUAAUUACAUUUUAGGCCAAAUGGCUAAAUUGGGACGGGAUUCUCCAGGUCCAUUAUGUUUUGCUACCUUGAAUACCUCUCAAAAUUGGCAGUCCAAGAAUCGGGACACCCCUAACAGUGGAGUAAAAGAGGCGGCCAGCGACAAUAUUGCAUCAGUGGCUCUGCCAAAAAUGGAGAACAAAAUCGGAAAGUGGGAGUGUCUGCCCGCAUUACUGCCUGCCAGUCAUUUUAACCAUCCCACUGAGGGCAGGACAAAAAGUGAGUAUUGUUUUAGUGGUCCCUGCAGCAUCCUAGUGCCCGAUUAUAAUGAUGUGCUCAUGCUAUGAUUGUAGGGGACAGUUCCCUGGUGUCCCCAAAAGCUGGACAGGAUCUGAAAAUCGUGACUGUCCUGCGAAAAUCAGGGCAGUUGGAAGGCAUGCCAUCGGUUCUCCUCUAUCAGAGGCAUUUGAUUAAACAGCGACCAGGAAGAUGAUGAUGCAAUGUUGAUGAGUAGGAUGUCAUGGAAACUAGCAGGAGUUCCAGAUAAGUUUCACGUUACUUUCACAAGUUAUUUGGGUGAAAAACAGGGAAGGGGGGCUAAAGAUAUGGAUAGAAUAAACCUAUAGGAAGGUAAAAAAAAUAAAUGAAUAAUUAUGGUAGUCCUUUAAGUUGGACCUUCCAUACUAAAUCCCAUAUUGGCUACAAAAAUGCUAACUUCAGUUCAUAUCCUAAAGACCAAUGUUCAUAUAGAUAGACGCUUUGGUUUUUAUACUAGAUUCUGACAUUUGCUGUGCUGAGUUCCUCACUGAAAAACUAUGGGGGAUAUUCACUAAACGGCAAACUGCGGUAAACUAAAAAAACUAAAUAAAAUUGGCCAAGUUUGAACCAUAGCUGUAUUUUUCCAUAUCUGUUUUUGUCUAAAUUCAGGUUUAAGUUCACGACAAUUUAGUGCUUAGUGGAUGAACUCCUACAUUUUAACUGUCGUCUCCAUUGUGAGUGGGCAGAUUGCCCUGCAAACUCCUGCCACCCAUUCUGCUGCUCUUCCCAUAAACACCUGCUCUCUUGGAAGGUGCUGCAUGCCAGAGUUCCAGCUGUUCCAUUUUUGGGAAGUGAAGGAUUUCUGAAAGUCAUUCUGACCUCAUUCUGCUUUGAAGAUCGGAAAAAAAGUGAAAGUCAACAACCACAUGGUGGCAGAAGUUUGGUCACUGGGCUUGAUCUCCUGGCAUUGAUGUCGUUCGACACCUGCAGAAGGAGACCGGUUUGUUAUAAACUAGAUGUAGAACGUCUUCAGCUCAUGUUCCGGUCACACAGCUUGACGCCAAUGAAUCAUUCCUUCCUCUUUCCCUGAAACAGAUGUUCAGCCACUCACACAGCUGGUUUUGUGAAGAUUAUUUUUAAUGCAGUUUGCAGUGCAUGUGCUUUUUCAUCUUGGCAUGGCUUAGAAGGAGAAGGGAAUCAGUCUCCUGACCUUGUAAUCAAAUUACAUUACAUCCGACCAAGGCAACCGUACAAACAUUAUUACAGAAGGGGUAGGCCGCUUUCAGCACUCCAGAUGUUGUGGACUCCCAUAAUGCUCGAACAGCCAUAAUGCUAGCAAAGCGUCAAGGGAGAUGCCAUCCACAACAUCUGGAAUGCCGGAGGUUGCCUACCUCCGAUAGAGUAAAUAGAUUCUCUCUUUACCCAAGUGAUGUGACUAUAUUUUCAUCGUACAAAAUGUACCAACUUCCAAAAAAUGGAGCCCAGGCUUUGCCCAUAGAUCCACUAUUUGUAUAAAAAUGUAAAUGUGAUUAAAGGAACACUCCAAGCAUUCUAGUCACUACAGUGCGAUGUGAUUAUGGUGCCAGCAUUUACCUGGUGCCCCCUAUGUAAGUAGUCAAAUUAUUUGCUAACAGUUUGACUAUCAACCUGGGGUCCACCGGUCACUGGCCUCUCCUCUUCCCGUAUGGAGAACUGGAAGCUCCUGUUAGGAGCUUUUUGUUGGCUCUCAUGAGCUAAACCCUGCAGUGUAGGACUAGCUCUUUGGCUGGGCGCAUCAGCUGAACACUCUCAGCCAAUAAGUAGGCAUAGCUCAUGUAGAGAGCUUUCAGACUGCUGAGAGGCAGGGAGAAGACCCCAGGUGAGAAGUCAAACCUUUAGUAUAGGUUUUGCUUACAUUUGGAAGGGGGUAGGGUUGGCAGGGCAGUCCUGGCACUAUAACCACUACAGCACACGUCUAGUGCAUUUUUAAAGGGAAACUGUAAAUUCCUAGUAUUUGUACUAUUAUGAAUUUACAAAUGUGUGAAAAAUGCACUUGGCAGUCGGCAUUGAGAGAAAAGGAGAAAUUAAACAAUGUGUCUCUUUCUCCUUCGAUCCUAUGCUGGCUGGGACUGUGAUGGGUUUUGCUCAAUCUUUUAUUAUAAAUUUCCAGAGCAGUGACUCGUCCCCUUUGACACCUUCACUACCACAAUCCUGAAUGUAUUUUUUUCCUUCCAUUUACUUUGCCAAACACAAGUUGGUCUAUAAAGCCAGAUUAACCUAGAUUUAUACUACAAGAAUGAUUACCAACUUGUAGAGGACGAUAUUUCUCUGCCAGGAACUCCUUCCACCCACUUAAUGUCUGCAAAUAUCCAAAUUGACGCCCCCCUCCAAACAGUUAAGGAAACUUCAAAGAUCAUACAAGUUCUACGUUGGGGAGGGAGGAGGUGGGAAUUAAAAUUCUCAUAUGCCUUUUACCAUUAUAAUAGCAAUACAAAGCUUGCUAUAAAACCUUUUUAAAAUACAUUUAUUUUAGAAACAUCAUUUAACUGUACAUAAUGUAUGCUCAAAUGCAGAUAUUCUUUUUACUACUAGUAAUUGCUUACUGGUAUUUUAAUGGACCCUGAAGUCAUGUAUUUGACAGUUUUACUUAUCUACUUUUGUCAUAGAAACUGUGGUUUUGCUUUUAAAUUAAUAUGUCAGACCCUGUGUAAAAUAUUUCAAGAUAAAGUACACUGUUUGUAUACGCUCUAUAUUUCUGUAAAAGAUUAACAAAUACAGGCGGAGCCUAGCUUCCAGGCUGAGCAGACGUGCAGAAACCAAGCUCCUGACCAAAAUUGCCUUUCUGGGGGAAAACCCCCCCAAAAAUCAAGCACAUCCACUGCCUGGAGGAAAACAAGCAAGGAGGGGACACCCGGGGAAACCCUUUGACACCUGACUCAUGCAUGUCACAAACCGGGAACCCUGAAAAUCUGAGGCCUACCUGGGACCUAAACGGGGAGAGGCGGCCGCUCUCCUCGCUAGAGAACAGGCUCACAGACCGCUCUAACCUCCCAACUCCUACCCCCCUAACCCCCCGGACCGGUGGGGGAUAUCCUGGUCCACACAGGACGCCUGAAACACACAAAGCUAAAGCCAAGAGGCCGUUGCGGGAAAACUUGGUGAGCCAUGCGGCACCUCAAGAUGGCCGCCGCAUCGCAAUCACAGCGCAGCCCAGCAAGCCAGACAGACCAGAGCUGGAGGGAGGCCUUCGAAGCCCGGUUUGACGCUAUCUGUCAAGCCUUAUGGGACCGCAUUGCCCAACAUGAACCCCUGCCUACCCCUCCCAAGAUGGGACCUACCUGCCAACCAGCAGCGGACACCGGUCCAUCUUCUGGGCUGGGAGCCCAACUCGAGGAAUUUUCAGGCCGCAGUCCAACUACCCACAGGGAUGACCGCAAGCCGGGGACCCAUGAUCCUGCCUCACGACGGAGGAAGAUCCAUGGACAGAGGGCGCCAGCUCCCUUAACAGCCCGGAGCCGAAGGGACAGGGACCUCUCACUCUACACACAGCGCCUGCACCAUGAGCACGGCAACCCACGCUCCCACACAUCGGAGAGGAGCACUGCUAAAGCUGACCGGGAACCAGACUCUCCACGGCGGCAUGCAAGAGGCAUUGGCUGAGGACGGCUAAGCACACACUCACCAGCCCAUCUCCUGAAGCCCAUCAACGGCCUGGACUCUGACAACUCUAGUGUGGACACUGUUACCUUGAGUAAAGUAUAGCAUACACACGCUAACCCACUCUUUUGAUGGAGAGAAUAACCUCUCACUGUAGCUUUGGCUUUAGAUGUAAUAUUAUUGUUUAUGCUGACGCCCAACCAGCUUGAGCUUAACGUCUGAUUAUCACUACUCUACUCUAUAUAACACUAAGCUGCAUACAACAUGAAUAAUCUUAUAUACUCGCCAUAAAAAUGCGCAUGUAUCAUCACACCCCCCACUGUUAUAACUGUUUUAAAACUAAAGCAUGAGGAUUGCCUUUGGGGUACCCCAUGCAUGUUGUAUUUUCAUAUGCACAGCAAAAAUAAAAAAAAAGAUUAACAAAUACACUGAACAGCCACAACAUUAAAACCACUGACAGGUGGAGUGAAUUACAUUGAUUAUAUCAUUACAAUGGCACCUGUCAAAGGGUGGGAUGUAUUGGGAAGCAAGUAAACAGUUUGUUCUUGAAUUUAUUGUGUUGGAAGCAGGAAAAUAGGCAAGGGAAAAGAUCUGAGUGACCUUGACUAGGAUCAAAUAGUGAUGGCUAGACGACUGGGUCAGAGCAUCUACAAAACGGCAAGUCUUGUGGGGUGUUUCUGGUAUGCAGUGGUUAGUACCUACCAAAAGUGGUGCAAGGAAGGACAACCGGUGUCAGGGUGAUGUGUGCCCAAGCCUCAUUCAUGCACAUGGGGAGAGAAGGCUAGACUGUCUGGUCCGAUCACACAGAAGAGCUACUGUAGCUCAAAUUGCUGAUAAACAUAAUGGAUUGAUGACCCCUGUCCACACUGAAAGCGCUUCAAUGGGGAUGUGAGCAUGAGAACUGGACCAUGAAACAAUUGAAGAAGGUUGCCUCAUUUGAUGACUCACGUUUUCUUUUAGCUCAGGUGGAUGGCUGGUUGUGUAGUUUACCUGGGAAAUAUAUAUGCCAUCAGGGUGCACUAUGGGAGGAAGGCAGGCUUGCAGAGGCAGUUUUAAUGCUAUGGACAAUGUUCUUCUGUGAUACCUUGGGUCCUGUCAUUUAUUUGGAUGCUACUUUGACAUGUACCACCCAGCUAGAGAUUGUUGCAGACCACAUAUACCUCUUCAUGGUAGUGUGUUCCCUGAUGGCAGUGUCCUCUUUCAGCAGAUCAAUGUACCCUGCCAUACUGAAAAAAAAAUGUUCAGGAAUGGUUUGAGGAACAUGAUAAAGAGUUCAAGGUGUUGCCUUGGCCAUUAAAUUUCCUAGAUCUCUGGGGGAGGAGCCUAACUCUCAAGCUGGCCAGACGUGCUUCCUAGGAGCUCCUGCCAAAACAAGCAUUAAACCUGCUAAAACUGCAAAUAAAAAGCCGCAGACAUCUCAGAGCCUCAAAGCGUAAAUAAUGACUUUAACAAAGGAGACACUAAGGUCCCAAAAAUUCCUUUUACAAGCUCAUUCUGAAACCUGGCACUGUGCCUUAUUGGGACUGCUGACCUGUCGGCUGGGUGAGGUGGCCGAUCUCUGACUUGGGAUUGUGCACCCCGUAGUAAACCUCCUGAAGCCCCGUUAUCCCUCCCCCCCCACCCCUUUCUGGAUUCCCGCUGGGGAAUUUAACUAUGCUGCAAGUAACCACUUUAUUCUCUGUGCAUCUUCUAGGACCGCAUGGGGAUUCAAAGAUGGUUGCCGCGCUAAAACAUCUACCCAGUAAAGUAGGCCCAGAAGGCAUAGAUUGGGUGCAAUGCUUCGAGACCAACUUCAAUAAGAUGUGCUGGGAUUUCUGGGCAUUGGUGUCCUGUCUCAUCAGCCUGAAUUUAGCAACGAAUGCAGUGUCCUAUAGCAGAGUCAUCACUCCAGCCUGACCAAGAGACCCCUCUCACACAAUGCGACUAAAAAGGUGCAGCACUUUCCACCUCAAGCCCUCAUAAACUGAGGUUGAUAAACCACGCCAUAUCUCCCGCGAAAACGGCGGACUGCACGUCACCAGCAAUGAGCAGCUAUAUUCAUGAUUCAUCAGACCGCCUACACUACCCCUACUGGGGAGAAAGUGGCCUCCAGAUGUCUCUGAGAAGGCAACCACAAAGGGUUAGCGGUUACUCUGGCCUGGGAUUGGAUGGAAGCUUGGUUUUGGCACUGCAUGGUUACUCACCCAGGAGGACUGCACAACAGUGUGAAAGGCAUGCCCAGGUUGGGUAUUGGCUUGACAGACUUACAUUCUUCCUCACGAGCUGGCCUACAAUGUGGACACUAAGCCCUCCAUAUCUUUUGGCAACGCAGCUCUCCUCUAUAUCCGAUCCGAAGUGGAGCCCAGUGGUUGACAAGCAACAGCUUAACCCUAUGCUCACACAUAUUACUUUUAACGUGCUAUAAUGUAAUCUCAGCCAUCUUACACCUAGCAUAUACCAUGCAUCUAGCUUGUUUCUCUUCUCUUACCAUUUUAAAGUAAGUGGUUUAGCCGGUUUCUUUCACCUCAUGUUUAAUACACGUAACAUCAGAUGCAAUAACACAAUCUUUCCAGCUCCUCUCCUGACUCCACUCGCGCAUACUACUGUACUAAAAACAUCAAAUAUUGUGCAGUUUCAUAGCAGCCAUGCUAAUGUUUUCUAUUAUAUGUCAUACUGAUGCGUGCUGAUGCUAUUGUGGCAAGACAAACUUAUAUUGUUAUAUGUGCACAACAAAAAUAAAGAAUUCUAAAAAAGAAAUGUCCAGACCUUAUUCUGUUUGAGCAUUUUUGUGAUGUGUUGGAACAACAAAUCUAAUCCAUGGAGGCCACACCUAGUAACUUGCAAGAUCUGCUUCUAAUGUCUUGGUGCCAGAUACCAAAAGACCCGUUCAGAGGUCUUGUGGAGUUCAUACCUCAACGCAUCAGAGCUGUUUCGGCAGCACGAGGGGGACUUACACGAUAUUAGGCAGGUGGUUUUAAGGUUGUGGCUGAUCAGUGUAAAUGAAAAAUUCUAGUCUGCAUAAUUAAAUUCGGUUUCUCUGAACCACAAUUUAUACACAAAAUUCCUGUCCAAUUAUAUAUUUUUAUAUGCAACCCAUGUUUCACAUAAAUGGUGUGUUUGUUUCCUAACAAAAUUUGCCCUGUUGACCCUUUAUUUUUCAGGUCCUUUACCAUCCAAACAGCGGGGCUGCAGGAACAUACGGCAAGAUCGAAGCAGUCCGUUUGGACCAAUAUAAAGCAUUUUACACAACAGGUAAAGUACAGAUUUAAGUGGGAACCAAUUCUUCUAGUGAUAUAGAAAGAAUAGAAAAGUAAACCUUUGUUUAAACUAGAAAAAAAGCAUUGCAUGAAGCAGGCUUCCCCAAACUCCGGCCCUUCAGAUGUUGCUGAACUGCAGCUCCCAUGAUUCUCAGCCUAUCCAUUUCAUUCAUAGAAUCAUGGGAGUUGUAGUUCAGCAACAUCUGGAGGGCCGGAGUUUGGGGAAGCCUGGCAUAAAGGGUAUGAUAACAUUACGUAAAAAUAGUAAAAACAGCUCUUGUUCAUUAACAGGACAAUACAAUGGAAUAAUUGUAUUUUCAUUGUGUAGUUAAGAACAAUAAAAAUUAAGAAUUUUUUGCCUAGAGAGAUUGUUCUAACAAAUUCAGAUGUCACCAAAUACUGGGUGAAUUUUCCUUUUUAUUUGCCACUUUGAAUCUGAAACAUUUUCUUUUGAGGCUGAAUCAGAAAUAUCUUCAGUUGUUUAGUCAGUCGGGUUGUUUAAUUUCUUAGAUUUCGAGGGUCCUUUUUCCAGCCUGUAUGACUGUUACCCUGUAAGAUGAGUUCCAUAUUAAUUAUCUGAUCGUAGUCUGUCUCUCUGCAUCUAGGUGGAGCACUAGCGUGUAAUGGGAGUAUUGGGCCAGAGAGGCACCAUGAUCCCCCACUUGUGUUUAACGUCCACCAGGACCCCGGAGAAGGGGAACCGCUGGACAGCAGCAGUGAGGAGUAUCAGGAGGUGUUGCCUGAGCUGAUGGAAGCAUUUGCUAAUCUCCAUGCUGAUCUUCAGACAGACAAUGUGUCCACGGCUGACUAUUCACAGAGCGGCUCAGCUGUUCUGUGCUGUAACCCAGAGCACACGGUAUGUCGCUGCAACGAGCUGGAACUAAAUGCUCUCUUAACCGAGCUGGAAUUUAGUGGAAAAUAAACAGCCUGAUUGGGCCAACUUUCCAAGCUUACUUUGCAUGGACAUUGCUUUCGCAGAACAAGCUUAUUUUCCGCCGGGAUAUGGUGCUUUAUAUAAUUCCUACCAUCAUUAAGCAGUUCAGUCCUGAGUCUGGGAAUAUUAUUGUCCCAGAUAUUGAGAAUUUAUACGGUCAAGGGUUACAUUCUCAUGGAUUAUUCUUAUUUAUUGGGGAUCAAGAGCUCCUCGUUUAUGUAUGGGAAAGGAAAAGUGUAUAGUUUAAUUGAGGAAGUAAAUUUAAAUUUCGCAUAUGACAAAAUGGGAGUGGAAUCCGUAACUCAAAGGGCAAGUCUAGAAACAAAUUUGGCAGCCAUGGAUUCGAAGACGGUCAGCCUAACUCCCUUACCGUGGAAUGUAAUGUUAUUGUUAAUAUUCUCAUGGUGUCAGAUAGAAUUGUGAAAUACCAAGAGACAUGUCAUUGUAAUCGUAUGUUCCCUUUCCUCGUUUUUUUUUUUUUACAACUAUAUUUUGUUACCGAUGCUUGCGGUAAUCUGUAUGUGUGUAUAUAUGUAUAAAAUGGAAACAAAAUACAUGUUUAAACUAAAUGCAUUUCAAUCUGGAAUUAAAAUAGAUUUUUGUUUUUUCACACCACUUACCUUGACAGUGUUAAAUAUCACCUCUUCAUAACCAGCAACUCGCGAAUGUAAAUUGCUCAGUAAACAUUGUACUUUAGUAUUCAUGCAGUAAAGAUCUGAUUAAAGUAUAAUUAAUGUACACUAAUCAAUGGGAAAGUAAAGAUCAAGGUAUGAGUAGGUUACUCUGAUAAUAUCCAGUAUGAAUGUUUUAUAAAACCGUAAUUGUUUAAUCAUUUCAAUAAAACUUGGAGCUCAUGUGUCAAACAAAUGUGGGGGAAAAGUCAGUUGAGGUGCUUAAUAUUUUAUUUCCCAACAUAAACCGUCUCUGUGCUUAAUGUGGGCUAUAUUCAACUUUUUUUUUCUCUUUUCUUUGCGCAUUCAUCAUGAAUAAAACAUUUAGUAUUUAUAAUAUAAACAGAUACAUACAUAGAUAUUAUUAGGCUUUCCUAAAUGUACAUUUGUACAAAUAAAAUUGCAUAAUUUAAAGGAAAUCCAUUUAUAUAAAAAGGAUAAAUAAAACUGACUUAACAAGUCUGUACUGUUGUUUGUCAUAAUAAUAUAACCUAUGCUUACAGAAUAAUUAGAUUGUGCCAUGUUGGCUAUGUAAACGAUCUAGUUCACAAUGCAUUCCUGACCAUUCGUGUGAUAUGUAUGGAGCUGUAGCUCACACAUUCCAAUCUUCCAUAUGGGUCCUCAAUCUGCCAUCAAACGUUCGGCGUCUUGUCACGGCUCUUCGUUUCUGACCUUCUGACUUCCGCGGCACAAACUUAUCUACCAAAAUCAAAACAGAACCUCCUUAUUCCCCCUGACGCAAAUAGUUUACAGGGUGUGUUAUAAAUGGAUCCAAGCAUUUGAUUAGCAUGAAGAAAAGCAUUAAGUAUCUUGAAACAGGCCAAGACGUUAACAGAAAGACCCAUACAGUUUAGUAAUGUGAAGCCCUUAUUUUUACACAAUGCAUUCUGAUUAUUGGCUAAUAGGUGUCAUUCGUUAAUUCGCUAGAUAGUUCCACCAAGUCUGGAGUGACAGCUUCUCCAAGGGUUCGGGGAAAAGGAACUUAUAUUCUCGCAUCUCUGCUAGAACAUGUAACAGCUUGUGAAAAUAAUGGAUCUAGAGUAGUGAUGGUGAAAGUUAAACCAGUACUUAUCUUUAAGCAGAAAUCAAGAAACCAAUUUAAACUGUGAAUCUGGCUCUUUCCUUCCUUUUUUUUUAUUGGAUGCCAUCCCUUGCACAAGUGAAGUUUUCUACCAGUUCAGGCUGUGAUCCAUUACCUUCUGAUGUGAUUCCAAAAUCAGCUGGUCAGUGGUACCCAAGCCAGUACUCUAGGUACACCAAGAGUCCAGGACUGUUCCCGCACUCAAAUCUGGACAGUUGGAAUAUCUGCUCUAGGUAGACUGUUACUCUAGAAACCAUUGGGGGUGGGGUGACACAAAAGUGAUGUCUGAAUCUACAUGUCACUUUUCCACAAAACAAACCCACAUUGUGAGGUCUAUAAAGUGAAGACUGCUAUCCUCACUCCUACAUAUUCGCUCCAGCAAAAUACCUACUUAUUUGGGGUGUACAAUUCCCCUUUUAAUCAAAUUCUGUAAUGUUUAUGUCCAUGGGUGAAAAUGAAUCUUACUUCCGCUAGAAGACUUUAUCAAAUCACAAGAUCCAGUUAGACUGGUUUUGUUUUUGUGUACAUGAAAACAAUUUAAAAUGUACAAUGAGCCACAGACAAUUAUAGUUUUUAUUAAGCAUAUUGGCUACAGUAAGCUCACAAUGCUUCUUGUUAAAUGGCUGGUUCUCUGUGGCUUGGCAGUCUCUAAGUUGUUCGACUUCUACCGUUUUAUUAAAUCAGCAUUGACAGCCAUAGCAUUCUAGUUAGUUUUGUGAGAGGGGCGCGUGACUGCCACUGCCAUACCUACCCUGUUUUGGAAUGAAAUAUGCCACUAAAAGGCAGUUUUAAUACUUUUGUGGUCACAUUCCUUAAAGUGACUUGCUUGGAUAUAAGAGAAUGAUCCACUAUGCCAGUGAUUUAGGCAACCAGACAGCUAUCACUAUCAGACCAAAUGCAUUAUAAAUCAGAACACUGCCAGGAGAGAAGAUUUUAGGCUGUUAACCUUGAGCGCCAUGCCCCUGGCAUGCAGGAAUCUGUCAAACUCCAUUAUAAGUCUCUCGCACCAGAGGAGCAUUUCAAAUACAUAAAUAACUUCAAACAAAAGCAACAUAAAAGCUACUCUCCAGUACUCAAGCUACACGAGAAGCCAAAGCUGUUCCUAUUUUAUUUAACAUUUGUCAUUAAAAAUCUAUAAAACAUGCAAGCAAGCCUGUAACAGAGAGAGGUUAAUCCAGAAAACUUAGUUUGUUUUAAUAGGACAUCAAAGCAAGCCUUGGACUCUGGUGCACUUUGGCUAAUUCAAUAAAUCACUUGCAGUUGGCAGCAGUGGAUGAAACGCUCUGCCCCUGAUGUGUCUUGUGUCUCUUACACAGUCUAGUCAUGGCUUGCAUUGCGUUUAAUUUAUUAACACUGAGAUAAAGCUGCCCACACUGGGCAUUACACACACCUAAUACCGUUUGUGCCAGAGAUAUGGUUAUUUUGGAAUAGUAAAUGAAAACAUCUCCAUAAGUGAAGAUUUCCUAUACUUACAAGUUCCAGUUAAAGACCCCCCUCUGGUGAACUAUCUUAUCUGAAAUUCAUAGAUGGGAGUUUAUCCUGGGUUUAUGGCACCAUUUGGAAUAGUUUGUAAAAAUGCCUUGUUAAACAUUACAAAACGGAAUGAAUUGAUUACCCUAUGCUAGCGCUGAAGAGCGCCUUAGUAACUUGGUUACAGGGUCACGUAAGAAGACUAUCUACAGCUGGAUAAUGAUGCUCGAUCGUUAUGAUCCUAAAAGAUCCUCGGGUGGAACAUUAGUAUUUCAUAAAGACUAUGUUAAAGCAUCCCCCCUUCUUGUUAAAUAUGUAGCGUACAUAACGUUAAUCUAGUGUAUCAUAGGGAGUGUUGCUAAAAGAAAGGGUGGGAGCCAGAGCAUGAUGGCUGGCAAUGGGUCUGUUCUUCAGCCAUCACCGUGUCUUCAUUUUAUAUCUUUCACCCUACCAUAGCAUGAACCACCUCCUCUCUAUAGUCUGCUGGGGCUAGACGGUUCACUUGCCACACAAGGGAUUUUCACAUUAAAGGAUUAGUCUAGGCACCAAAAUCACUUUUUGAUUAGUGAUGUGGUUUUGGUUCAUAGAUCAUGCCCCUACAGGCUCACUGCUCAAUUCUCUGCCAUUCGGGAGUCAACAAAACUAUUUUGGUACAGCCACCCUCCACACUUCCUGAACACACCUGUUUAGGCACACAGAGUGCUUAAAGUGGGAGUUCUUAUUUCUGUGAUAGGCUGAGACUUGUGUGCAUUUGAAAUCUAUUCUAACACAAUUGUUAAUAAUUUAUGACUUUUUUACUAAUAUUUUGUUAUAUAGGAUGUGUCCGCAAUGCUUCUCUAAGGGAAGCAUUUGAGUACAUACUAUCCCACCAGAACAUGGAAGUGCUGGGCAAAUUAGCUGCAGAGUUUGCAUAAGAGGUAGGAUUUUAAUUGCUAAAUACAUUUUUCUAACACUGCCUUGUUUAAAUACAUAAAAUAUCCAUCUUGUAUCAGACGUUCCCGUUCAGGGUUUGCCACGGGAGCAGGAUGGUAUAUUUUUCUGCAGUAACUUAGAAUGUCUAGGUAUAUUCAGCGCUUUCCUUUUUGGUGGGGGAAAGUGUACCCUUCAUAACAGAGUUACCCAACUUUUAUUCCCAAAGGGCUGGAAGUAUCCAUUCCUUUUUUCCCUAGAGCUGGGUAGCUCAGAUAUCUUAUUAGCCCUUUGCUUGCAAGGAGAGUAAAUUCUCCAGGUCGGAGAGUAUCCAUACCUUUUACUCCCCUAGGAUAGGAACAUUUUAAUCCCGGGGCAGGAAAAUGCUGAUGUUACUUGGUCCUACAUCCUCCACCCUAAAGGAAAGGCAAAUAUAUUUAAUAUAAUUAAUCACUAGCAUCAAGAAGAUUUUCCAAUUGUCUAUUGUCAAGACAAGGAUCACGAGUAGUACUAUCUUAAAACUCUAUUUGAGCCUAUAGUAACAGCCGAGAAUAUUUACUGGGACGUGUUUGUUAUUCUCCAGAAUAUGGAGCUCAUCACAGGCCCCAGGAUGUUUAGUAUCUUUAACCCCUUAAGGACCAAACUUCUGGAAUAAAAGGAAAUCAUGACAUGGCAUGUGUCCUUAAGGGGUUAAAGGAACAAUGGGAUCAGUCCGGUCAUGAUAGAAAGAUGUUUUUUCUAACCCCAAAUCUAUUCUUAUUAACAUACUGGUAAGCAGUAAAAUAAAGUAUAUCUGAACUGGAAACCAGCUGGCACUAAACAGCAGAGUGCAACAACUACACUAUGCUAAAAAUGCCGUUACAGUUUCCAAAUUCACCAUUAAUCUUAUAUCAUAAGGCACGCAUCCCUAAACAAUGUUAAACUCAAUCAAAUCUUGCUGGGGUGCAAACACUCAAUGCUACCAGCAGGGGGUGAACUGCACUCUUCCAGCAGUAAAAGGGUAAUAUAGACACUUUCUCUACAUGAUAAACAUUUCUGGAAGUUAGUAUUUAAAACACGUAUGAAUUAGUAAAAAAUAGUCUUAAAAACAGUCCCUAAAGUCCCAGAAAUCACGCCUCAAACUACAGUGAAACUAGUAACUGCAUUGAGUUCUUCGUGACAAAGUUGUUUGGAAAGUCGUUCCAACGCCAAACCUUAGUUUGCUUGCCAGUGGAAUCUGUUUUUAAAGGGUUAAAUGGCACUGUUUUCCUUUGGAGAGUGUCUAACCCAUUCCUGUUUAGUUGUCAGGGCUCUGCUACUGUUUAAGGGCUCUGAAUGCUCACAGGAGGGAAUUCUUUCUCGUCAUCCAGACGCACGGGUCCUACUGCAAAUUCGUGCUCAGGCAGAAGUUCUCCUCGCAUGGCCCCUCCAUCCUCAGAGUAACCUGAAAACGUUAGAAGGAAAGACGUUAUUCCUAUAGCACACUAGGUAAACAAUGC